GGAGGGGGGUGGAGGGUUACGCAAGCUCAGGUAGUCGACUUCGUAUGCGUAGAGAUAAUAUCAAUGCGGAAUGCUUCUUUCAUUAAAUCCCACAUACCGGGCGACAGACAUUUCUUUUUUAUUUUUAUUUUGGAUGGUGGAUUGCUAAAAGGAGGGGAGGAGUUGUGUAUGUCUGCGUUUUGUUAAACCAUUGACAACACACUUCACAUGACCUCACUAUGUACAUGUAACAUACUGCACACAUCGUGUAUUCUGACUCAGUGCAUUUCUAUAUUCACCUUACCUGUACAUUGUUUUCUUCUUUGAUGUUGCUGUUUUCUAGGUGAAAGUCUAAGUGACAUAUUUACAACAUGGAGAUAAACAACUUCUUGAGGCUGUCACUGCUGGUCACAUGUGUCAGUCUGGGAUACUCUUCAAAUAUCAUGCCUUACGGAAUUUCAGCCAAUGACACGGACACUGGUUUCAACUUCCCUGUUGUUGUGACCUUGAACCCUGACUUCCCUUACUACGGGAGUAAAUACAGUAGUGUCACUAUACAGCAGCACGGUUUUAUUGUGUUUGGUACUACAGGGGUUAUAACCUAUACCGACUUGAGUUCUUGUGCCAGCAGUAAUAACAUUGUAGCCAUAGGCAUCUUUGUGGCUAAAAUUUCAAAUUCAGUCGGAAAUAUAUUUUACAGAUUGACAUCCAAGCCCUCUGAAAUGGAGACGUUGGCCACACUGGGCAGGAAUUUCUCGAACUUUUCACCUACUUUCACACCGAAGUAUGCACUGAUUGUCACGUGGUACGACGUGGGAACGGAACAUUAUGGUUAUGAAAAUGAUUUUAAAAAGAACACUUUUCAGUUGGUCAUCACAACAGACGGUGUCCAGAGUUUGGUCAGUUUCAACUAUGAUACUAUUGGAUGGUCUUAUUUUGAAGACCUCACAAAUUACGUAUUUUAUAAAGAUAUAGAUGGGAUUUAUGCAGAGGGUAUAACAAUGUCCACAAAGGCUGGCUUCUUCAAAGGAGAUGGGGCCACGUGUUAUCUGCACGAAGCAUCCAAUACAAAUAAAAUGUUUUAUUUGGGGGAUGUCGAUCCUAAUAAGCUAAUAUAUAGAGUUGACGAAGUGCCAGUGACCUUGACAUUCACAACAGCGUCACCAAGUGUAGCCACAACAGUGCCAGCUUCAGCAUCUACAACACCCGAAUCAACAAGCGCUACAUCUACAACACCCGAAUCAACAAGUGCUACAUCUACAACACCCGAAUCAACAAGUGCUUCGAUUACAACAACCGAGUCAACAAGCACUACAUCUACAAUAGAGACAACAUCUCCUACGACAUCCCCUUCGACAUCACCUACGACAUCACCUUCGACAUCAACUUCGACAUUACAACUUACAAUAACCACAACACCUACAGCAUUUUCAACGACUGAUACAACCCCUGCUACAGCAACUACAACGUCUGAAACUACAACUGUUUCAACGUCAACACCAUCUGGCAUAUUAAGCACUACAUUAACGACAGCGUCCCAAACGGCAGAUAGAGACACAAAUGAGGAGAGGAUUGGUCUGAUCGUUGGGCUGUGUCUUGCUGCUCUGGUGAUCUUCUUGGUCAUCGUGGUUGUUUCCUGUUUGCUAUGCUCUAAAAAAUACGAAGCAUGUAUGUGUACAUUACAGUGUUGUGUGCAAAGAGCAUCUCCAACUAUGGACACAAGUGAAGUUACAUCCAAAUUAGUCACAACGCCAACAGCCCCAGCGAGUGGACCAAAUGGGCCGGAACCAGUUUAUAACAACCCAAUACUUCCGAUCGUAUUGAUCCCCAUGCCCAAUGCCCCAUGCCCCAUGCCCAAUCCUACUCUUCCCCCUGAACCUGUGAUGUACUUUACAACCUUGCCACCGAUUGAAAUGACAGAACGUUAAAAAGACAAGCUGAAAGUCAGGUUUCUAAAUAGAGACAGGUGCAAUACUAACAAACAUUCCAUGUUCAAAGAUGAUGUAUAUGUGCUUGAACGAGCUACACAUUUCCUAUUGGCUUCACAUUGUCUUUCAAGAAUGAAUGAAGUGCAUUAUUUCCUACAUAUUUGAUACUUGUGGGGGAAAAAAAAGGUAUUGACUUUUUUUAUUUGUGAUAUGCACUGUAUUUACUCUCUGUAGGAGUUCAACAGUCUACUAGGUCAUCAUGACAGCAAUUGUCUUAAAUAAAGGAAACGUCUUGAAUGGAUGAUGUAUCUUAAGACAAUCUCAGGAUGCAAAUUUGGUUCUGUUAACGUGAUAAAGAUGCAAUGUAUUCUGAAUGAACUAAGGUUGGGGUUAGGGCGGAGAGGCGUGGCGAAUAGUUCAAACAAAAGAUACAAGACAUUUUGUCACAAAGAUUCUAUCAACUCUGUCUGUCCUGAACACAUUUUGUCACAAAGCUUCUAUCAGCUCUGUCUGUCCUGUACACAUUUUGUCACAAAGCUUCUAUCAGCUCUGUCUGUCCUGUACACAUUUUGUCACAAAGCUUCUAUCAGCUCUGUCUGUCCUGUACACAUUUUGUCACAAAGCUUCUAUCAACUCCGUCUGUCCUGUACACAUUUUGUCACAAAGCUUCUAUCAGCUCUGUCUGUCCUGUACACAUUUUGUCACAAAGCUUCUAUCAGCUCUGUCUGUCCUGUACACAUUUUGUCACAAAGCUUCUAUCAGCUCUGUCUGUCCUGUACACAUUUUGUCACAAAGCUUCUAUCAGCUCUGUCUGUCCUGUACACAUUUUGUCACAAAGCUUCUAUCAGCUCUGUCUGUCCUGUACACAUUUUGUCACAAAGCUUCUAUCAGCUCUGUCUGUCCUGUACACAUUUUGUCACAAAGCUUCUAUCAGCUCUGUCUGUCCUGUACACAUUUUGUCACAAAGCUUCUAUCAGCUCUGUCUGUCCUGUACACAUUUUGUGCUCGUUAGUUCUUCCACUUUCGAUUUUCGGACCAAGUUAAAACGUUGCACAAUUUAUUCAUUAUCGAUGACAACAAACAAUUCAGAUUUGUUAGACUUUAUAAUAAAACCUUCUCAUUUUAAAAGUGCUUGAAUUGCUCACAUGUAAAUUAUGAGUGAGUCUGGUGUGAAUGUACACUUUGGUUUCUUAUAGUUAUAAUGUUUUUUGUUUGGUGUAAUGCACAAAUUGUAAGACAAAUUUCCUUACGGAUAAUAAAGUUUAUUAUUAUUAUUAUUAUUAUUAUUAGUCUCGAUUCUAGAUGUACUAAAACUUAAUACCUGAUUCAAAAUAAUUGAUGCAUUUUCACUCAAUAUAAGCUUUGUUUUUUUAAAACGUAUUUUGUAUAUUUGAAUCUCUUUAUUUCUUGAAUGAGUUUAAGUGUGCGUACAUCUUUCUAUCUAUCUAUCUAUCUAUCUAUCUAUCUAUCUAUCUAUCUAUCUAUCUAUCUAUCUAUCUAUCUAUCUAUCUAUCUAUCUAUCUAUCUAUCUAUCUAUCUAUCUAUAAAGCUAGCUAUUUCUAUCUAUCUAUCUAUCUAUCUAUAAACCUAGCUAUUUCUAUAUAUCUAUCUAUAUAUCUAUCUAUAUAGCUAGCUAUUUCUAUCUAUCUAUCUAUCUAUCUAUCUAUCUAUCUAUCUAUCUAUCUAUAUAGCUAGCUAUUUCUAUCUAUCUAUCUAUAUAUCUAUCUAUCUAGCUCUCUAUCUAUAUAGCUAGCUAUUUCUAUCUAUCUAUCUAUAUAUCUAUCUAUCUGGCUCUCUAUCUAUAUAGCUAGCUAUUUCUAUCUAUCUAUCUAUCUUUAUAUAUAUAUAUAUAUAUUAAAAUUUCUCUUGAGGCCAACUAACUAAAUAGCAUUUCAACACUGAGAUCGUUGCUGUUAAUUCUCUGCAUCCACUUUGAUUUCAGAUGACUAUAAUAAGCUAUCAGAAAAACAUACACUCUUAUCUUUAAAAAUACAGACGUUACUUCAAAAAAGAAAAUGAUUUCGUCCUACGCGUCAUGCAUCUAGUUAUGCAUGUUAACACAUGACUUAAUUUCUGCCAAGUCAUUGAUUUUUUUUGGCUGACUCAGGCAACCCAUUCCAUGCUCUAAUAGCACUAGGGAAGAAGGAGCAUUUAUACAAAUUUGUCCUAGCAUAUGGGAACGAGGAAUGUGCCUUUAUCUUUGUGUCUUUCAGAGUAUUUUAUUAUAUUUCACCUUUGUAUCUGAAGGUUAUGGUUCAAUAUUUUAUGUAUAAUUGCUACUUACUUUUAAGUCUUCUAUUCUGAAGGUUUUCCAAAUAUAGUGAUUUUACUAAGGGUAUUACUCUAGUCAUCUGAACACACACAUAUUUGUUAGACACACACUUACACUGUAAGUCCUGCAUGCACUUUGAACUGGGUUUUUUUUUUUUGUCAGUCUUGGCGACAUAAGUCAUUUAGUUCUUUGCUUUUUCAAAUUGUUAGUUAGAAUUUGAGAGACAUACUAAGUGUGGAAGUGAUAAAGAAACACAUGCAAUAGAGAUAGAAAGAGAUAAAUAGAUCAGAGAGAGAGAGAAAAUGAUAGAGACAGAUUUAGAAAGCUCAGGGAAAGAGAGACUGGACGUGAGAGUAAGACAGAGAGAGAGUGUGUGUGAAAUAAGAAGAGAAAGAGUGAAAUGAGAAAGAAGAGAGAGAGAGAGAAAGAGAAAUUCAGUUAAUGUAUUCAAAAAAAAAAAAGUCAUGAAAUGUGCCAACAUUUAUUUCUUAUCAACAUUUACUUCUUUUACUUUCUUGGUGUAAUGCACAAAUUGUAAGACAAAUUUCCUUACGGAUAAUAAAGAUUAUUAUUAUUAUUAUUAUUAUUAUUUGACAUUUGCUUGAAACGUACACAACCAAGUAAUAAAUAUGUAUUCAAAGUUCACAA